AUGAUCACCGUCAUUGCCUGCAUCGCCGCUGUAGGCUUCAUGGUCAGCCCGCUUGGCCACUUACAUUUUAUCCACUCUCUAUCCGGGGGUUGCCGCCGCCGAACGACCACGUCGUCACAAGCCGUCUUCACACUUUCGCGAUAUUAUGUGAAGCGAAAUGCCAAUUAUGUUCUUUCAGAGCGCGACAUUAUCAUCUUUGACUUCCACAGGGCAGCACCAAACGUUUUCAUUGAGGUACCAACAGGCAGCCGCUGGUACAGCGUCCCCCAGACUCAUCACACAGUAGAGGCCUGUAUUAGUAUUCGAACACGAUCAGGCGUGUGGUUCAUCGGUAGCAUGAUCGCGGGGCAGCCGGUACUCUGGGGCCCCGAGCUUCCUGAUCAUUGGAUGUAUUUUGCUGGUAAUCACAGGGGGAUAUCUCCCUCAACUGCUGAGAUUAUUGGGUCAAAGCAAUCUUGUGAGCUGUAUCAUACUAUUGCUAGUGUUGAACAGGACGCAGAGGCUUUCUUCUCGCUUUGCACCACGCCUCUGUGGGUGCGGCUCCUCUACACGGCUGCGGGCUUGUUCCCUCUGGCUCGGGCGUGGCUCGUUCAUAAGAUCUUGUGGAUUCAGCUGCGUAUGAUAUUUUACAAGAAUGAUUACUGGGAAAGCCAUGGUGCCUGUUACUUCUUCCGCUGGUUUUACUGGAUGUGGGCGCCGCAGUGGGUUCAAGACUUUGAGGACUGGAGCGAGUUUGCCAUUUCCUAUGCCGUGCAAUGGUCAUCAUAUUGGACAGGGAGAUUGCUGCUGGGCAUGAGAGAGUUCUAUCCCGAGUAUGCGAUGGAUACUGAACUGGAACAGAAAUUGUAG